CACACAAGAAAUUAAGCCUCUCAGUUCAUAGAGAGAAAAGAAGCCAAGUAUGAGUUCUCUUCGUGUCUCAGUGGCAGCUCUAUGCUGUGCAUUGGUAGUGUUCGCAGGAACAAUAAUAUCAGUUUCAUAUGGUCAGUUAGAUCCUUCGUUUUACAAAAGCACAUGUCCAAACGUGCAUGCGAUUGUAAGAGAGGUUGUUCAUAAUGCUUCAAGAUCUGAUCCUCGUGUUGGUGCCAGUCUCAUCAGGCUUCACUUCCAUGAUUGCUUUGUCCAAGGUUGUGAUGCAUCAAUAUUAUUGAACAAGACAGACACAAUAGACAGCGAGCAAGAUGCUUUUCCAAAUGUUGACUCAAUCAGACGAUUGGAUGUCGUCAACAACAUCAAAUCUGCGGUGGAAGCAGCUUGUCCGGCCACCGUGUCUUGUGCUGAUAUUCUCGCCCUUGCUGCAGAAAUCUCUGUUGUUUUGGAUGAUGGAAACGGUUGGAAAGUUCCACUGGGACGAAGGGACAGCACAACAGCGAACCGAACGUUGGCAAAUACGAACCUUCCAGGUCCCCGCCUCUCUUUGGAUGAACUCAAAGCAUCCUUCGCUGUUCAGGGCCUCAACACCACUGAUCUCGUUGCCCUCUCUGGUGCUCACACGUUCGGAAGAGCACACUGCAGAAAUUUUCAGGACAGAUUAUACAAUUUCAGUUCCACAGGCCAACCCGAUCCAAAUCUCAACACAACCUACCUUUCAUCCCUGCGACUCAUAUGCCCUCCAAAUGGAACCGGCGGCUCCAACUUGACCAAUCUCGACUUUACCACUCCUAACACGUUCGACAAGAACUAUUACACCAACCUCCAAGUUCACAAGGGCCUUCUUAACAGUGACCAAGUCUUGUUCUCCACUUCUGGUGCAGACACUAUUGCCAUUGUCAAUAGCUUUGCCAGUAACCAGUCCGUUUUCUUCACUCAGUUCGCAGCUUCCAUGAUCAAAAUGGGAAAUAUCAGCCCUUUGACUGGCUCUCAAGGUGAAAUUCGAUCUCAGUGUAACUUUGUGAACUCAGAUUCCGCUCGCUUAAGCGCUGUGGCUUCCACCAAAGAAUCUGAUCGUGAUGUUCUAGUCAGCUCAAUCUGAAGGAGUUGAUCGAUCGAUGGGUCGAUUUAGUGAUCUGUGUAGGAGUGUGCGUGCCAUGUACCUGUGUCCCGUGUUAAGUGGUCAUAAUAACUUUUGUAUUAUGCCACUGGUAAUAAUAAUGACAUCUGUGUUUCUUAUA